AUGUCCAUCGUCGUAUCUGACAAAAACUCAUUCCAACACAUUCUUCGUCUCCUUAACACUAACAUUGACGGUAAGCAAAAGCUUCAAUUUGCUUUAACUUCCAUCCGUGGUUGUGGUAGACGUUACGCUAACAUUGUUUGUAAGAAGGCUGAAAUUGACCUUACCAAGCGUGCUGGUGAAUUAUCUAAUGAAGAAUUAGAACGUGUUGUAACUAUUCUCCAAAACCCAACCCAAUACAAGAUUCCAAACUGGUUCCUUAACAGACAAAAGGAUGUUGUUGACGGUUCUUACUCCCAACUUUUAGCUAACAACUUAGAUAACAAGCUUCGUGAAGAUCUUGAACGUUUAAAGAAGAUCAGAUCCCACCGUGGUCUUCGUCACUACUGGGGUAUUAAGGUCAGAGGUCAACACACCAAGACCACUGGUCGUCGUGGUCGUACUGUUGGUGUUGCCAAGAAGAAG